ACUUGAUGAGGUGAUGCGUAUCGGUGAGGACGAGCCACUCUUCUCUCUACCUAUUGUAACUGGCCUUCUCACGGUGUAGAGCCCCGAACAAGCCGGUGAUGAUCACGACACAGCAAACAACAUCACCAGGCUCUGCGGCACAACGGCCUCUUUGACCUGAAAAUUCUGGUUUCCGUGUGUACGCCACGCUCGAAAGAGUACAUGCGAAAGUUCCCGUUCUUAUGGUCCGAGCCUUGUUGCGUGUCUAUCUCAGCUCAAGGUAGACAGAUAUAAGUUCCCACGCUGUUUGAUCCCAGCUACACACAGGUCGACAGAAGCAUUUGUCCAUCUCAGCUUCAGAAAGACAGAAGGGUUUGUCUAUCUCAGGAUUAUAUAGACGAACUACCUCCUUCUACCCACGCCAGUUACACGCAUAACACCAAACGAUAAGAUGUCCGGUACUGAAGGCGCUACUUUUGUCAAUGGGCGCUCGCCACAGGCCUGGAGGCUCGAAAAAGCCAGACUAGAUAAAGCUCUCACCGAUGCGCAACGAACGCUCGAUGGCCGCAAGAGAAGCGACCCGGAAGGCAAAGAUCCGAGAACUGCGGAUGCUGUUGCUCUAGCGCAGUAUGCCGUUGAUGUGGCGAACGUUCAUGUGGCACAAUACCACAUACGUGUAGCGUUUGCCAGUGGAGAUGUUGAUGACAAGAAGAAGAAGUCUCUUCUGGAGCAGUUGGCUGAGUUGGAGACGGAACUUCAGGAGUUGGCCCAGGAAAAAGCGAGAAGGCUGCAAAUGGCCAGAGCUGGUGGUUUUCAUACCUAGGUAAGAGACAGCUAUGUGAAAGGACAAGGACAAGGACCUACACUCGUUUACAAGAUCAGGAUGUCCUUUGACGCUGGGUUUGUCGUAAAUGGGGGACAGAUCUUUCU